AAAAAGAUCAGGCGAGGAAAACGACGUAGUUUCGCCAGUUAGAUAUGCCGUUCUCCUCCUACAUCGGCAACACUCGCCGUGGCGCCUCCUCCUCCUCCUCCGCCACCGGCGGCAGCGGUUGGGGCCAAUCCCUCCUCCCAACCGCCCUAUCAAAAUCCAAGCUAGCGAUCAACCGCAAACCACGAAAACGAACACUCCUCACCAACUUCCUCUUCGCGAACUUCUUCGUCAUCGCCUUCGUCGUCUCCCUCCUCUUCUUCCUCCUCACGCUCUUCCACUUCGGCGUCCCGGGACCGAUCUCCUCCCGCUUCCUCGCCUCCAGAUCCAAUCGGAUCCCGAAGCCGCGGAAGAGCAUCAACCGGCGGCACGUGAACACCUCCUCCUCCGCCGUGGUGGACAUCACCACCAAGGAUCUCUACGAUAGGAUCGAGUUCAAGGACGUUGACGGCGGUCCGUGGAAGCAGGGGUGGCCGGUGACUUACAAGGGAGACGAGUGGGAGAAGGAGAAGCUGAAGAUCUUCGUGGUGCCUCACUCUCACAACGAUCCUGGGUGGAAGCUGACGGUUGAAGAGUAUUAUCAGAGGCAGUCGAGGCAUAUCCUCGAUACCAUCGUUGAGACUCUUUCCAAGGAUUCUAGAAGGAAGUUUAUAUGGGAGGAGAUGUCGUAUCUGGAGAGAUGGUGGAGAGAUGCUUCGCCGAGUAAGCAGGAAGGUUUGAGUAAUUUGAUUAAGAAUGGGCAGUUAGAGAUUGUUGGAGGUGGUUGGGUGAUGAAUGAUGAGGCUAAUUCACAUUAUUUUGCUAUUAUUGAACAGAUCGCAGAGGGUAACAUGUGGCUGAAUGACACAAUUGGAGUUAUUCCCAAGAAUUCAUGGGCCAUUGAUCCCUUUGGCUAUUCAUCAACCAUGGCUUACCUCCUCAGGCGUAUGGGUUUCGAAAACAUGCUUAUUCAGAGGACUCAUUACGAGCUCAAAAAGGAACUUGCACUGCAUAAGAAUCUGGAAUAUAUUUGGCGUCAGAGUUGGGAUGCUAUGGAGACGACUGAUAUUUUUGUUCACAUGAUGCCUUUCUAUUCAUACGAUAUCCCACACACUUGUGGGCCAGAGCCUGCAGUUUGCUGUCAGUUUGAUUUUGCUCGGAUGCGGGGGUUUAAGUAUGAGCUUUGCCCAUGGGGGAAGCACCCAGUGGAGACCACACAAGAAAAUGUGCAAGAGAGGGCAUCGAAGCUUCUUGAUCAAUACAGGAAAAAAUCCACCCUUUAUCGAACAAACACCCUUCUUAUACCACUUGGAGAUGAUUUUCGGUUCAUAAGUAUUGAUGAAGCCGAGGCUCAGUUCCGUAACUACCAGGUGUUGUUUGAUCACAUCAACUCUAAUCCUAGUCUAAACGCAGAGGCAAAGUUUGGUACUCUGGAGGAUUAUUUCACAACACUUCGGGAAGAAGCCGAUAGAGUAAACUAUUCACUUCCUGGUGAGGUUGGCUCUGGUCAGGUUGUUGGUUUCCCUUCUCUAUCAGGUGACUUCUUUACAUAUGCAGAUAGGCAACAAGACUAUUGGAGUGGUUAUUAUGUUUCAAGGCCUUUCUUCAAAGCCGUUGAUCGUGUGCUCGAGCAUACCCUUCGUGGCGCCGAGAUCAUGAUGUCGUUCCUGCUAGGUUAUUGCCAUCGAGUUCAGUGUGAGAAAUUUCCGACAAGUUUUUCGUAUAAGUUAACUGCUGCAAGAAGGAAUCUAGCUCUUUUCCAGCACCAUGAUGGGGUAACCGGAACUGCUAAGGAUCAUGUGGUACAAGAUUACGGAACCCGGAUGCAUACUUCAUUGCAAGACCUUCAGAUCUUUAUGUCUAAAGCAAUCGAGGUUCUUCUUGGGACUCGUCAUGAGAAAGAAAAGUCUGAUCAGUCCCCAUCAUUCUUCGAGGCAGAGCAAGUGAGAUCCAAGUAUGAUGCUCGGCCUGUUCACAAGCCAAUUGCUGCACGUGAAGGAAACUCACACACAGUUAUACUCUUCAAUCCAUCCGAACAGACGAGAGAAGAGGUAGUGACAGUCGUUGUCAACCGUGCUGAAAUCUCGGUUCUGGACUCGAACUGGACUUGUGUCCCUAGCCAAAUAUCUCCUGAAAUGCAGCAUGACAAUGCCAAACUAUUCACUGGGAGACAUCGCCUUCACUGGAAAGCUUCUAUUCCAGCUCUUGGUCUGAGAACGUAUUACAUUGUUAACGGAAACGUUGAAUGCGAGAAAGCUACACAGUCUAAACUCAAAUACGCUUCUGAGUUCUUCGACCCGUUCCCUUGUCCCCCUCCGUAUUCCUGCUCAAAACUGGACAGCGAUGUGACUGAGAUCAAAAACGAACAUCAGACUCUUGUGUUUGAUGUUAAGAACGGUUUACUCCAGAAAAUAGUCGAUAGAAAUGGGGCAGAGACCGUCGUGAGAGAAGAGAUUGGUAUGUACACAAGUCCAGAUAGUGGAGCGUACCUGUUCAAACCAAAAGGUCAAGCUCAACCGAUUGUUAAAUCCGGUGGACAUCUAGUCACAUCCGAAGGACUGCUAGUCCAAGAAGUCUUCUCUUAUCCUAAGACCAGGUGGGAGAAAUCACCUAUCUCGCACAGCACUCGAGUUUACACUGGAGGUAACACGCUUCAGGAUCUAGUUGUUGAGAUGGAGUAUCAUGUUGAGCUUGUCGAUGAAAAUUUUGAUGACCAGGAGUUAAUCGUGCGUUACAAGACUGACAUUGACAACAAAAAGGUCUUCUAUUCUGAUCUCAACGGUUUCCAAAUGAGCAGGAGAGAAACUUAUGAUAAGAUACCGCUUCAAGGAAACUACUACCCUAUGCCAUCUCUAGCAUUCAUACAAGGAUCCAACGGUCAGAGAUUCUCCGUGCACUCUCGCCAAUCUCUUGGUGUUGCAAGCCUUAAAGAUGGUUGGUUGGAGAUUAUGCUGGACAGAAGGUUGGUCCGUGAUGACGGACGUGGUCUCGGGCAAGGUGUGAUGGAUAACCGUGCAAUGACAGUGGUGUUUCACCUUACUGCAGAAUCAAACAUCUCUCAAGCAGACUCUGGUUCCAACGCUAACCCGAGGAACCCAUCGCUCCUCUCUCACCUCGUAGGUGCGCACUUGAACUAUCCCAUAAACACAUUCAUCGCCAAGAAACCGCAAGACAUAUCGGUGCGUGUUCCGCAAUACGGUUCAUUUGCUCCUUUAGCGAAACCGUUGCCGUGUGACAUCCACAUCGUGAAUUUCAAGGUUCCACGUCCAUCGAAAUACUCUCAGCAGCAAUUGGAAGGGGACAAACCGAGGUUCGCUCUCAUCCUCAACCGAAGAGCUUGGGACUCGGCUUAUUGCCAUAAAGGAAGAAGAGCAAACUGCACAAGCGUGGCUGAUGAGCCAGUGAACUUUUCCGACAUGUUUAAAGAUCUUGGAGCUACAAAGGUAAAACCAACUUCACUGAAUCUCUUGCAAGAAGACAUGGAGAUUCUUGGGUACGACGAUCAAGCUGGUACACUGCCGCCACAGGAAGGACGUGUCUCGAUCUCUCCCAUGGAAAUACGAGCGUACAAGCUUGAGUUAAGACCUCACAAGUGAAAAAUACAGUCAAGAGGGAUAGUUGAAUAUUUGGCUGGUACGGCCUCACGAGAACGUUGCAUCGGACAGAGUCAGGCUUCUUGCUAGAAAAGCUGUUCGGGAAACGUUUAACUGUCAAAAGAGAGAGAGAGUUGAAGCUUGGAGCCUUUGUGUGUCCAUGCAAAACUACUGUAAGACCUUAGUGUUACCUUUUUUAUUUGAGACAAGUGAUAUUAAUUAGUUUUACCAUGUUACCUUGGAUUGAUAUGUUGUGUGUAUAUAUAUAAACUAUAGUAUACAUUACACGUUCGAUGGGACUACCUUUCCAAAGACAAUUCAAAGAGAUUAUGAACUUGUGUGGUAAGUUACAUGUUUCUUAUAUAAACUGGAUUGCGCAUAAAAUGGAUUGGGAUCCACCUCGAAUGUUAAUUUCC